AUGUCAAGGGUUGCUCAAUUAGAUGGAGUUUCACUUGAUCUGCAGCUCACCAGGGCACUUCAAUCGGAUUUGGGUUUUCCUUGUCCGCAGAUAGUUGUUGAAAUUCUGGUAUUCUUACUUGGGAGUAGGCGAUGGCAUCAGGGUAGUGUCGCAACAUAUGGUAGUGUUCUCACUGGUGUUGGCUAUCAAUGCUCUCGUUGGCGGUUAUUUGCUGUUACCGUGGUAUUAAGACAUCUGUUGCAUCGGUUUGAAAGGACCAAUUUGGUUUACGAACUUUUAGAUUUGAUCCAUCUUUUACAAUUUUUAACGUCGGGUACAGGUGGUCCCUCUCUUUUGCAUCGAUUGUUCCGAGUCCCUGCAGUGUUCCAACCGGGAUUCUCGUAUUCUGAUACUACUUCAGGAUCAUCAGCAUCUGAGGUUCAGAUGCUCUGGAAUGCUUCCAUUGAGAUGAUAGCUGGUCUAUCGUUAUUUAAAAACGGAUUCGUUUCUGUGACAAGUACUAACGCAGCUGCGGUGGCAGCUGCAAAGGCUAUUGCCGGUGGUAGUUCUUCAGUUGGGGCCCCUGGUGAGAAGUUUUCGCAAAAGAAUACUUUAUGCCCUGUUUGUGGUGAGGUCGCUACAAAUGCAUUUACAAUCACUUGCUGCAAUACAAGGUAUUGCUACACUUGUGCGUUGGAAGUGGAACAGUCACAUUGCCUAGUUUGUAAUACUAAGAACCCAAAAUUCUUUUGCUAA